CUUGUAGCGGGAUCUUUGAUGACCACAAAGCAUUCACAGCCGCAGUCUACGUUUGCAAAAAGUCUAACUUCAACAAGUACAAAUACUCCUUAUUUUAAAGCAGCAGAAAGUACAGAAAUUCCAUCUUACGUGACUAAAUGUCCGAGCAACGGGCUUUGCAGUAGAUUGCCACCAGACUGUAUGACGUGUAACACAAACUAUUCCUGUAUAUAUGGGAAACCGGCCACUUUUGAUUGCAAAGUCAAGCCACAUGUUCAUUGUCUUGAUCAGAAUAACCAGGAGCAGGAGAACUUUACAAUUAACAUGACGUGCCAGUUUUGCUGGCAGCUUGCAACAACUGAUUAUGUAUGUACCAAUUCUACAAACUGCAUGACAGUUUCUUGUCCGCGACAGCGAUACAAUGCCACUUGUACAGUACGGGACCAUAUUCAUUGUCUGGGUAAUCGUGUCUUUCCUAAGAUGCUCUAUUGCAACUGGACUGGAGGUUACAAGUGGUCUACUGCCUUGGCGCUGAGCAUCACCCUUGGUGGAUUUGGGGCCGAUCGUUUCUAUUUGGGCCAGUGGCGGGAAGGUCUGGGAAAACUCUUCAGCUUCGGUGGCCUUGGAAUAUGGACGCUGAUUGACGUGCUGCUGAUAGGUGUUGGCUAUGUGGGACCUGCAGAUGGGUCGCUCUAUAUUUAAAUGUGGGUGCCACGUGUUUCGGAGAGGAGCAAUUGCUUGGAAAGGGCUCUAAGUAAAAGAAGGUAGAGUUUGAGCCGUGAAGGUAGAAUGAAGAACAACCGUUCUUUCUUUGUGCAUAUAUUUUAAUGUACAGUAUCUGUACUUAGUUUGCCUUUAACUAAGGUAAAAUAAAAGAGUGGAUCACCGA